AUGAGCCGCGUUCCGACGGCUGAGCUCAGCAGAUAUCUUCUGACGGGGCAAGUUAGCCGCCGGGGCUGCCUGUAUGCUCGAAACCCCCGAAUCGCCGUAUGUACACUCUUACGGCCGACUCGACAAACGCGAAAUGUCUCGAGCCACGCCGCGACGUCAACAAAACUACCCCCCAGUGUGAUCGCCUCGGCCGGCAACCCGCUCCGUAAACAAUUGAAAGACGAGGCAAAAGCCCUCAAGGCGUCAGGCAAGAAGAAGAAGAAGAACGCCAACAACCAGACAGUCCCCGGCUGGGAGCUGACGGUCGGCAUCGAGAUCCAUGCCCAGCUAAACACCGCCCGCAAGCUCUUCUCCGCGGCCGCGACCUCAUUCAACGACCCGCCAAACAGCCAUGUCGCCCUCUUCGACGUUGCCAUGCCGGGUUCGCAACCCCUCUUCCAGCCCGAGACCUUGAUCCCCGCCGUGCGCGCCGCCCUGGCUCUCAACUGCGCCAUCCAGCCUGUCAGCCGCUUCGACCGCAAACAUUACUUCCACUGGGACCAGCCCGCGGGGUACCAAAUCACGCAAUACUACCACCCGUUUGCCCGCGACGGCCGCGUCGUGCUGCGUGCGCGCGAUGGCAUAGCCCCCGAGGACGGCGACCGCGUCGAAAUUGACAUCAAACAGGUCCAGAUGGAACAGGACACGGCCAAGACGACGGCCCAGCCCGGCAACGUGCAUUGGCUCGACUUCAAUCGCGUCGGUCUGCCCCUGAUUGAGAUCAUCACACAGCCGCAGAUCCACCACCCCGCCACCGCCGCUGCUUUUGUGCGCAAGGUGCAGAUGCUGCUCAGCUCGGUCGAUGCCUGUGUUUCCGGUAUGGAGGCGGGCGGCUUGCGGGCGGAUGUCAACGUUUCUGUGCGGAGGGCCGAGGAUGUGGGCACGGGGAGACUGGGCACGCGGACAGAGAUCAAGAACCUCAGCAGUUUCAAGGCGGUCGAGGACGCCAUCAUUGCCGAGCGGGACCGCCAGAUUGCCGUUUUGGAGACUGGCGGCAUGGUCGAGGGCGAGACGCGCGGCUGGUCAUUGGGCAGUACCGAGACGCGCCGUCUGCGCGGUAAGGAAGGCGAGGUCGAUUACCGGUACAUGCCGGAUCCCGACCUCGGGCCCGUCGUCAUUGGCGAGGAUCUGGUCGCCCACCUGGCCUCGUCCAUGGGCAUGCUGCCGGAUGCCGAAAUCGAUGAGCUGGUGGAGACAUACGGGUUGAGCUCCAAGGAUUCUCUCUCGCUCAUGAUGCUAGACGAUGGGGCUCGGAUACAGUAUUUCUACAACGUCCUCGAGGAACUGGAGACUCGACUUGGACUUUCCGAAGGGUCUGACCAGCGACAUGCUCUGCUUGCCGCUAACUGGUGCCUGCACGAGCUGGGAAAGCUCACCGAGCUCCCCUCCGACUUGGACAUGACCCCCGACGGAGAGUGCCGAGUCCCGUCCGGUGACCUGGCCGCCAUCUUGUCGCAUCUCCACAAACGAGAGAUUACAGCCAGAGUGGCCAAGGAUCUGCUUUGGGGCGUCUUCCGUGGCGAGAUAUCGGCUGGCGGCGUCGCGCAGGCAAUCGAAGCAGGCAGCCUCUGGUUCCAGGAGAUCUCCGAGCAGGAUUAUGCCAAGCUCGCUGAUGCGGUCGUGCAGGGUGAGGACAAGGUGCUGGGCGAGUUCCUACGCUUCAAACAGGGCAAGGCCAAGGCAUACCCGCAUGGGAAGCUCAUGUUCCUCGUAGGGAAGAUGAUGCGGGCAGGCCCGGAGCAGCGGAUGGACCCUGCGUCUGCCGAGAGGGUGCUGAGAGCGAGGAUCGAGGGCGUUUACCUCCCUGCUUUGGAGGGGAGCUGA